CAGCACCUUUUGGCCAUUUCCGGCAGCUCUCUUUCUUUCUUCGUUCUUCUUAUUAAAAAGAGGACGGCAUCUGCAUUUGCAGAAUAUUUAACACCAUUUAUUGGGAUUAAAAAUCAGCGAAAAUGAGCUUAGGCAACGCCAGGCCAUUGGUCUCCGUUUACACGGAAAAGAAUGAAGCUGUCAAGGAGAAGAACAUCUGCCUGCCCGCGGUGUUCAAGGCCCCGAUCCGCCCAGAUGUAGUCAACGAGGUUCACCAGCUGAUGCGUCGCAACAACCGUCAGCCCUAUGCUGUCAGCGAGCUAGCAGGUCACCAGACAUCUGCCGAAUCUUGGGGUACUGGUCGUGCCGUUGCACGUAUUCCCCGUGUUCGUGGUGGUGGUACUCACCGUUCCGGCCAGGGUGCCUUCGGCAACAUGUGCCGUGGUGGACGCAUGUUCGCCCCAACCAAAACCUUCCGUCGCUGGCACCGCAAGGUGAAUGUUAACCAGCGUCGUUAUGCUCUGGUUUCGGCUAUCGCUGCCUCCGGUGUUCCAGCCCUGGUGCAGUCCAAGGGACACGUUAUCGAUGGCAUCUCCGAGUUCCCCUUGGUCGUCUCCGACGAAGUACAGAAGCUGCAGAAGACCAAGCAAGCUGUCGUCUUCUUGCGUCGCUUGAAGAUCUGGGCUGAUAUUCAGAAGGUGUACAAGUCGCAGCGCUUCCGUGCUGGACGUGGUACCAUGCGCGACCGUCGCCGUAUUGCCCGCCGUGGUCCUCUGGUUGUCUACCACAAGGAUGAGGGUCUGCGUCAGGCAUUCCGCAACAUCCCCGGCAUUGAGACAAUCAGUGUUGAUAAGCUGAACUUGUUGAAGCUGGCACCAGGUGGUCAUGUUGGUCGCUUUGUUAUCUGGACCGAGUCGGCAUUCUCGCGCUUGAACGAUUUGUUCGGCACCUGGAAGAAACCCUCCACUCUGAAGAAGGGCUACAAUCUACCCCAGCCCAAGAUGGCCAACACCGACUUGUCGCGCCUCCUGAAAUCUGAGGAAAUCCGCAAGGUUCUGCGUGAUCCACGCAAGCGCGUCUUCCGUAGCGUGCGUCGUCUGAAUCCUCUGACCAAUGUCCGUCAACUGGUCAAGCUGAACCCCUAUGCUGAGGUCCUCAAGCGUCGUGCUGCCCUGGCCGCUGAGAAGCGUACCGUGGCUAAGGUUUUGGCCAAGGCCAAGAAACAAAACGUCGAGCUGGCUAAGUCCCACUUUGCCAACGUCGCCACAAAGGCUGCUGCCAAUCGCGCUAAGCUGCUCGCCGCCCGCAAGAAGAAGGUCGCUGCCAAGAAGCCCGCGGCUAAGAAGUAAACCCAUUUACUUUCCACAUAAUAGCAGACCACACUCUUUUAUAUAAUAAAUUACAAAAGUUGUAUGAAUUUUAUUCAUAAUAAUACAGUGCGAAAGUAAUAUCUUA